GACAUUGUGAACUCCCCCAUGUUCAAGGAGAAGCUGGCCCAGUACGAGGAGGUGCUGGACCUGUCGUCGCGUGCCCCGCCUGACAUGCACCAGGUGCACGUGCGAGCCAUGCAGGCGGCUGCGGCAGAGACGCGUGAUGCGCAGCUGCAGGGCAUGGCAUGGUCGAAGCGGUGCACGGCGCUGACCUUCAGACAAGUGGCAAGGGCGGUGGCGCGCCAACACGUCUCGAUGGCGGAGAGGCUCCUCGUUCGCCACACCUGGCUGGAGGAGCUGAUGACUGUUGAUGUGAUGAAGGGCGUGGUGAUGCUGAAGGACCACGCGGAGUUCCUCAGACGCUUUGUCCUGGCGCAGCGGCGCGUGGCCAGGGCCAGGCUGCUCGCCUCGCCUGCCGAGGUCCACGAGGCGCUGGCGAACCACUGGGGCGAGGUCUUCUGCCCCCCCGCUCGCGCAGCGUGCCUGGCAGCGGAGGGCGACGCCUCGGAGCGCUGCCGACGCGAGCGUGACUCCAAGGCCUUCAUCGCGAAGUACGGCAUGAAGGAGGUUGACUGGAGCUCUCUGGCGCCUCCCUCGGCCAUGGCCAUCGAGGGGGCUCUGAGGCGCGCUCGGCCUGCUGCACCUGGGGUCGAUGGCCUGCCCGCGCGGGCGUGGCUGUCGCACUCGGCGGGCUGCGAGGUGCUCCUGGCGGCUCAGAGAUGGAUGGCUCUGGGCCGUCCCAUGCGCAAGGAGCUCAACAUGAGCAUCGCCAUCUUCCCGCCGAAGAAGGUGCUGGACGGCGACGGCAUGGAGGUCAUCAGGAAGCCGAAUGAGACACGUCCACUCAUGCUGCGCUCCACGGGCCCCAAGGCUAUCGCCUCUGCGGUGAACUUCAAGCUGAAGAGCAUGAUCGACCGUGGCGCCUCGAAGGCGCAGCGAGGAUUCAUCACGGGGCGGGACUUCCUGGAGGACCUGGUGGAGCUCGACGCCAUGCCCCGCGUCGCCUCCAUGUGCGCGUUGGAGCAAGCUCGAGGCUGGGAGGAGCCGACCCUCCUGAGCUUCGACUUCGCUCACGCCUUCCCGUCGCUCCUCCAUGACUGGAUGUGGUGGGUGUUGGAGGCGUGGACGGCGCCGCUCGGCCUGGAGCACCUGCUGAAGGAGUCCUACGCCAACGUCGAGGUCGUGGAGGCGGGGCCCUGCCACUGGGUCCUCUUCGUCAUCUUGUGCGGGAUCUUGCAGGGUGACCCGCUCUCGGGGACGAUGUUCGCGAUCGGUGCGCAGCCGUUCGUGGAGGCGCGCAUGAAGCAGCUGGAGGCCAAGGCCCUUGGCCUGACUCGCUGGUGCGCUGAUGACAUCCAGGCCCUGAUCUUCUGCAGGCGGGGGCUCCGCUCACUGGCGAGGAUCUUCCGCCUCGCGGAGCGCCUCGCUGGCCUCCAGCUCCAGCCCAAGAAGUGCGCGGCCGCCCCGCGUUGGGCUCCGUUCUCGGCGGAGGUGGAGGACGCGAUGAGGAAGUGCCUGGACGAGGCCUGCGGGUGGGGCUCCUUCACCGUGGCCUCGUCGGUGGAGCUGCUGGGGUGCUCGGUGGGCCCUGGUGCAUCGCUGGCGGCCCAGUGGGCUGCGCCACUCGCGCGCCUUCGUGAACGGGUCCUGGCACUGGCGGCAUCUCCGCUGGACAUGACGGCCGCCUUCUUCGAGCACGGCCGUCGAUGCCAGCCCGUCCCGGCCUACAAGGCGCAGCUCUGGCCGAUGCCGACGGAGCUGAUUGACGAUGAGCGCUGUGCCGGCUCGCGAG